AAAAGAGCAUGUCCACGGACGCAUCAACUGGCAACAAGCGCAAACCGCAAUGGAGCGCCUCUACUUCUCAUAAGAAGCGCCAUGUGGCAUCGACGGCCAAGGGCUUUAGCGCUGUCUUGGUCACGUGCGACAAGACCAAGGAGCGGCAAUGCGUCAAGGACAUCCUCAACAUCUUGAACGACGUACGGGCUCGCAUCCCUACGCGCAUAACGACAUGGACAUGUCUCUCUAUUCUUAGGCUGCGGAUGUGCUGUACCCCAUGAAGGACGACAAGGUGGUGGACGCGAGCGCUGCCGACAAUGCUGCUACCGCCGACGAUGACGAGUCCAAGCCAACCAAGACCUCGGCCGACCUGCUUCAAGAAGAGAUUGCCGGCCUCAAGAAAGACGCCAAGGACCGCAAAACCGGCCGGUUCUCUGCUUUGGAUUCGGGUGUCAAAGGUAUCAUUCUGGUGCAAUUCCUCGACGAAAGCAUGGACGUGAAGAAAGUUAUCGACCACAUCUUCGAACAAGUCCAAAAGACUAUGGAGUUCUCUUCUCGGUUCAUUCAACGCAUGAUUCCGCUGGAAAAGCUAUGUUAUCCAAGCGUGGAAGACAUUACGGCAUGUGCGACACCGUUCAUCGAGCGCCAUUUCAAAGACACGUCCGGCGUCCAAUUUUCCGUGGAAGUGCGCAAACGCAACUCGGGCAACAUCGUGUCGAUGGACAUCAUCAACGCAUGCGUCGAUGUCGUGGGCAAUCAGCACAAGGUCAACCUCACGGCCCCCCACGUCGUGAUUGUCGUUGAAAUCUUCAAAAAUGUGUGCGGAGUCAGCGUUGUGACCAACUUUCACCAAUAUAAAAAGUUCAAUGUCCGCAUGAUAUUGGACCCGCCGGCGAAGGAACCCAAGAAGGAUCAAGAUGACAACAAGGACGAGCACAAGCAGCAAGCGUAACGUUAGCACAUAGAUACAUGUCCGUUGGUUUGCUAACUUGACGUGGGGUUAUUAAACCUUAGCUAACGUAAAUGACCAAAUUAUAUGAUCACUUUUUCCGA